AAACUUGCAGCUGCUCACUUUUCAGACUAUGCUCUUGUUUGGUGGAAUAAGUUUGCAAAAGAGAGAUUGAGAAAUGAGGAGCCAGCGGUGGAAACAUGGGCUGAAAUGAAACGAAUCAUGAGGAAAAGAUAUGUCCCUUCAAGCCAUGCUAGGGAUGUAAAAUUUAAACUUCAAAAACUUACCCAAGGCAGCAAGAGUGUUGAGGAGUAUUACAAAGAACUUGAGGUGCUUAUGUUGCAAGCCAAUCUUGAGGAGGAUGAAGAGGUAACCAUGAUUCGAUUUAUUAAUGGUCUAUCUAAUGAUGUUAGAGAUAUUGUAGAACUUCAGGAAUAUGUAGACAUGGAAGAAUUGCUGCACAAGGCCACUAAAGUUGAGCAACAACUCAAAAGGAAAGGGCUUGCAAGGAAGAGUUCUACCAAUUCCAAUUCAUCUUGGAGAGACAGAAUGAAGAAUGAAGGGCCGAGCACCCUUAGCAAACCAGCCACCAAACCACAAGCUUCAGCUUCUUCAAAACCUCUUGAACAACCAUCCAAAAAGAGCAAAGAGGUCAAGUGCUUCAAAUGCCAAGGUAUGGGACAUUAUGCUUAUGAAUGUGCCUCCAAAAAGACCAUGAUUCUUAAGGAUGAUGGAGACUACACCAGUGAGUCCGAAGGAGAACAAAGUGAAGAAGAAGAGGAGGCAGCCAUGAAUGGUGAACUGUUGAUGAUCCGGAGAAUGCUUGGUAGCCAACAAAAGCCAAAGAAAGAAAGCCAAAGAGAGAAUAUCUUUCACACAAGAUGUUCUGUCAAUGGGCAGAUUUGCUUGAUGAUUGUUGAUGGCGGGAGCUGUACUAAUGUGGCUAGUGAAAGAAUGGUGGAGAAGCUGAACCUGGUCACAAAACCACAUCCUUGGCCAUACAAACUUCAAUGGCUCAGCCACUAUGGAGAAAUACAAGUAAGUAAGCAAGUUGAAGUUGACUUUUCCAUUGGCAAAUACAGGGAUAAGGUUCUUUGUGAUGUUGUUCCCAUGGAGGCUAGUCACAUACUGCUGGGAAGACCAUGGCAAUAUGACACCAAGGAUUAUGAGGAUGUGUUUCCAACAAGUGUUCCAAGUGGUCUACCACCACUGAGAGGAAUUGAGCAUCAAAUUGAUCUCAUUCCGGGAGCUUCUUUGCCUAAUAGGCCAGCAUAUAGAAGCAACCCACAAGAAACCACUGAAAUUCAAAGACAAGUGGAAGAACUCUUGAACAAAGGGUGGGUAAGAAAUAGCAUGAGUCCUUGUGCUGUACCGGUGAUUUUGGUACCAAAGAAAGAUGGGACUUGGAGAUUUGUUGUGAGUUCGAAAGGAGUGCAGGUUGAUGAGGAAAAGAUCAAAGCCAUUCAAGAGUGGCCCUCUCCUAAAUCCGUGGGUGAUGUAAGAAGUUUUCAUGGCUUGGCCAGUUUCUACAGGAGGUUUGUAAAGGACUUUAGUACCUUGGCAGCACCCCUAAAUGAAGUGGUGAAAAAGAAUGUGGGUUUUCAUUGGGGAAAGAAUCAAGAAGAGGCCUUUGCUGCCCUAAAGCAUAAGCUUACCCAUGCACCUAUACUUGCUUUACCUAACUUUGCUAAAUCUUUUGAACUUGAAUGUGAUGCUUCAAAUGUAGGUAUUGGAGCUGUGUUGCUUCAAGAAGGCCACCCAAUUGCUUAUUUUAGUGAAAAGUUAAGCGGAGCUGCCCUUAACUAUUCUACUUAUGAUAAGGAAUUGUAUGCUUUGGUGAGAGCUUUGAAGACCUGGCAGCAUUAUCUUUUGCCCAAGGAAUUCGUGAUUCAUAGUGAUCAUGAGUCGCUGAAAUACUUGAAGGGGCAAGGUAAGUUGAACAAAAGGCAUGCCAAAUGGGUUGAAUUUUUGGAACAAUUUCCCUAUGUCAUAAAACACAAAAAGGGGAAAAGUAACAUUGUGGCUGAUGCUUUAUCCAGGAGACACGUGCACAAUGGAUUUUUAUUUAAGGAAAACAGGUUGUGUGUGCCUAAAAGUUCCAUUAGAGAACUGCUUGUUAAAGAAUCCCAUGCUGGGGGACUAAUGGGUCAUUUUGGAGUCCAAAAGACUCUAGAAACUUUACAGGAACAUUUCUAUUGGCCCAAAAUGAAACAUGAUGUGAUCAAGUUUUGUGAACAUUGCAUUGUUUGCAAGAAGGCUAAGUCUAAGGUGAUGCCACAUGGUUUGUAUACUUCUUUGCCAAUCCCUGAAUACCCUUGGGUUGACUUGUCUAUGGACUUUGUUUUAGGCCUCCCUAGAACAAAGAAUGGUAAGGAUUCCAUUUUUGUGGUUGUUGAUAGGUUUUCAAAAAUGGCUCACUUUAUUCCUUGCAGGAAAGCUGAUGAUGCUUGUCACGUUGCUGAUUUGUUCUUUAAAGAAGUUGUAAGACUUCAUGGGAUGCCUAGAAGCAUAGUUAGUGAUAGGGACACCAAGUUCCUAAGUCACUUCUGGAGGACUUUAUGGGGGAAGUUAGGCACCAAACUUUUGUUCUCUACCACUUGCCACCCACAAACUGAUGGGCAAACUGAGGUGGUUAAUAGGACCCUAGGCACCUUGCUUAGGACUGUCCUUAAGGCCAAUUUAAAGGCUUGGGAGGCGUGUUUGCCUCAUGUUGAAUUUGCUUACAAUAGGGCUGUCCAUAGCACUACCAAUUGCUCUCCAUUUGAAGUAGUGUAUGGAUUUAACCCUUUGACUCCUCUUGAUUUGUUGCCUAUGCCUAACAUUUCGGUGCACAUGAGGAAGGAAAGGUUUCCAGAACAAAGGAAAUCCAAACUCCAACCUAGAGGGGAUGGACCUUUUCAAGUGCUUGAGAGAAUCAAUAACAAUGCCUACAAAAUAGCGCUUCCAGAUGGCGGAGAAUUUGAUUUGAGGUCAAAUCCUUUUCAAGAGGGAGGGAAUGAUGAGGACAAGGACAAGGACAAGGGUCAUGGAGCCCUAAAAGGACUUGGAGGACCAAUGACAAGGGCUAGAGCUAAAAAGGCCAAAGAGACUCUUCAGCAAGUAGUGGCAACCAUUCUUGAAGACAAAGUGGUAGAAGAGAUGGAACCAAAAAUCAUGAUGAUCAUUCAGGCCCAAGAAGAUGAGGAGGACCAAAAGGUGAAACUUGCAGCUGCUCACUUUUCAGACUAUGCUCUUGUUUGGUGGAAUAAGUUUGCAAAAGAGAGAUUGAGAAAUGAGGAGCCAGCGGUGGAAACAUGGGCUGAAAUGAAACGAAUCAUGAGGAAAAGAUAUGUCCCUUCAAGCCAUGCUAGGGAUGUAAAAUUUAAACUUCAAAAACUUACCCAAGGCAGCAAGAGUGUUGAGGAGUAUUACAAAGAACUUGAGGUGCUUAUGUUGCAAGCCAAUCUUGAGGAGGAUGAAGAGGUAACCAUGAUUCGAUUUAUUAAUGGUCUGUCUAAUGAUGUUAGAGAUAUUGUAGAACUUCAGGAAUAUGUAGACAUGGAAGAAUUGCUGCACAAGGCCACUAAAGUUGAGCAACAACUCAAAAGGAAAGGGCUUGCAAGGAAGAGUUCUACCAAUUCCAAUUCAUCUUGGAGAGACAGAAUGAAGAAUGAAGGGCCGAGCACCCUUAGCAAACCAGCCACCAAACCACAAGCUUCAGCUUCUUCAAAACCUCUUGAACAACCAUCCAAAAAGAGCAAAGAGGUCAAGUGCUUCAAAUGCCAAGGUAUGGGACAUUAUGCUUAUGAAUGUGCCUCCAAAAAGACCAUGAUUCUUAAGGAUGAUGGAGACUACACCAGUGAGUCCGAAGGAGAACAAAGUGAAGAAGAAGAGGAGGCAGCCAUGAAUGGUGAACUGUUGAUGAUCCGAAGAAUGCUUGGUAGCCAACAAAAGCCAAAGAAGGAAAGCCAAAGAGAGAAUAUCUUUCACACAAGAUGUUCUGUCAAUGGGCAGAUUUGCUUGAUGAUUGUUGAUGGCGGAAGCUGUACUAAUGUGGCUAGUGAAAGAAUGGUGGAGAAGCUGAACCUGGUCACAAAACCACAUCCUUGGCCAUACAAACUUCAAUGGCUCAGCCACUAUGGAGAAAUACAAGUAAGUAAGCAAGUUGAAGUUGACUUUUCCAUUGGCAAAUACAGGGAUAAGGUUCUUUGUGAUGUUGUUCCCAUGGAGGCUAGUCACAUACUGCUGGGAAGACCAUGGCAAUAUGACACCAAGGAUUAUGAGGAUGUGUUUCCAACAAGUGUUCCAAGUGGUCUACCACCACUGAGAGGAAUUGAGCAUCAAAUUGAUCUCAUUCCGGGAGCUUCUUUGCCUAAUAGGCCAGCAUAUAGAAGCAACCCACAAGAAACCACUGAAAUUCAAAGACAAGUGGAAGAACUCUUGAACAAAGGGUGGGUAAGAAAUAGCAUGAGUCCUUGUGCUGUACCGGUGAUUUUGGUACCAAAGAAAGAUGGGACUUGGAGAUUUGUUGUGAGUUCGAAAGGAGUGCAGGUUGAUGAGGAAAAGAUCAAAGCCAUUCAAGAGUGGCCCACUCCUAAAUCCGUGGGUGAUGUAAGAAGUUUUCAUGGCUUGGCCAGUUUCUACAGGAGGUUUGUAAAGGACUUUAGUACCUUGGCAGCACCCCUAAAUGAAGUGGUGAAAAAGAAUGUGGGUUUUCAUUGGGGAAAGAAUCAAGAAGAGGCCUUUGCUGCCCUAAAGCAUAAGCUUACCCAUGCACCUAUACUUGCUUUACCUAACUUUGCUAAAUCUUUUGAACUUGAAUGUGAUGCUUCAAAUGUAGGUAUUGGUGCUGUGUUGCUUCAAGAAGGCCACCCAAUUGCUUAUUUUAGUGAAAAGUUAAGCGGAGCUGCCCUUAACUAUUCUACUUAUGAUAAGGAAUUGUAUGCUUUGGUGAGAGCUUUGAAGACUUGGCAGCAUUAUCUUUUGCCCAAGGAAUUCGUGAUUCAUAGUGAUCAUGAGUCGCUGAAAUACUUGAAGGGGCAAGGUAAGUUGAACAAAAGGCAUGCCAAAUGGGUUGAAUUUUUGGAACAAUUUCCCUAUGUCAUAAAACACAAAAAAGGGAAAAGUAACAUUGUGGCUGAUGCUUUAUCCAGGAGACACGUGCACAAUGGAUUUUUAUUUAAGGAAAACAGGUUGUGUGUGCCUAAAAGUUCCAUUAGAGAACUGCUUGUUAAAGAAUCCCAUGCUGGGGGAUUAAUGGGUCAUUUUGGAGUCCAAAAGACUCUAGAAACUUUACAGGAACAUUUCUAUUGGCCCAAAAUGAAACAUGAUGUGAUCAAGUUUUGUGAACAUUGCAUUGUUUGCAAGAAGGCUAAGUCUAAGGUGAUGCCACAUGGUUUGUAUACUUCUUUGCCAAUCCCUGAAUACCCUUGGGUUGACUUGUCUAUGGACUUUGUUUUAGGCCUCCCUAGAACAAAGAAUGGUAAGGAUUCCAUUUUUGUGGUUGUUGAUAGGUUUUCAAAAAUGGCUCACUUUAUUCCUUGCAGGAAAGCUGAUGAUGCUUGUCACGUUGCUGAUUUGUUCUUUAAAGAAGUUGUAAGACUUCAUGGGAUGCCUAGAAGCAUAGUUAGUGAUAGGGACACCAAGUUCCUAAGUCACUUCUGGAGGACUUUAUGGGGGAAGUUAGGCACCAAACUUUUGUUCUCUACCACUUGCCACCCACAAACUGAUGGGCAAACUGAGGUGGUUAAUAGGACCCUAGGCACCUUGCUUAGGACUGUCCUUAAGGCCAAUUUAAAGGCUUGGGAGGCGUGUUUGCCUCAUGUUGAAUUUGCUUACAAUAGGGCUGUCCAUAGCACUACCAAUUGCUCUCCAUUUGAAGUAGUGUAUGGAUUUAACCCUUUGACUCCUCUUGAUUUGUUGCCUAUGCCUAACAUUUCGGUGCACAUGAGGAAGGAAAGGUUUCCAGAACAAAGGAAAUCCAAACUCCAACCUAGAGGGGAUGGACCUUUUCAAGUGCUUGAGAGAAUCAAUAACAAUGCCUACAAAAUAGAGCUUCCAGAUGGCGGAGAAUUUGAUUUGAGGUCAAAUCCUUUUCAAGAGGGAGGG